GGCAGGCAUCUCUUGCAGCCACCAUGGCCUUGCCGUUCAUCCAGGAGCUUCCGGAGCACGUGUCUAGGAAAGUCAGGUCUUCGGUUGUCGUUCCUUCACUAUCGCAGCUUACGGAAGAGCUAGUUUGCAACAGCCUCGAUGCAGGAGCCACGGAGGUGAACGGUGUCAUGGGAACGCUAUAACUGCCUAUUUCAUUUCCCGCUCGAUUUCUACGCAGAGAGAUAAUACGCACGCUACGAUCUGUAUGCAGGUUACUGUUACGGUCGAUUCAUCAGCAGUGACGGUUAGAGUGGAUGACAAUGGUAAUGGUAGACUCUGCUUGUCGUUGGCCGACUAGGUGUCCACAUUUAGCUUCAUAUUCGCGUAUCCUCUGUUUACAGGCUGUGGUAUCUCGCGUGAUGACCUUGUGCUUCUUGGUGAGCGUCAAGGUGCGUCAGAAAAGCGUUGAACCAUGUCGAAGCCUUGUCGAUCGUGUUACUUUCGUCAAGCCAUAUCUUUUACCUUCGCUUCUGGCAACAGCGACAUCGAAGCUCCAAUCAAUUACGGAGCUUGAAGCGGGGCCCACGACACUGGGAUUUCGAGGAGAAGCACUCUUCUCGAUCAUGGGCCUCUCGCUGGUCGAGAUUGUGACUCGUUCGAAGGGGUCUGCUAGCACAUACUGCAAGAUUUGCAAGGUGGGUCGUUAUAUUUAAGUCUGUUUAUGAUUUAAUAUGAACUUGUGCUUACGGACCUCUGAUGCAGGGUGGAAGAACACUCUCCAUCGGAAUGACAAAGAAGCACCGAUCAAUUGGAACAACAGUUCUUGUUCAGGAUAUAUUCUUCAACCAACCAGUCAGGCAACAACUAGCGGAGAAGAACUUAUCAAAGGAGAUUCAAAGCAUUCAGGACAGAGUUGGUCAUUUGGGUUUCAUGCAUCCACAAGUUUCAUUCAUGGUGUCGGAUGUUGCCAGGAGCAAGACUCUGCUGUCAUUGUCUGGUGGAAGGUCCGUAGGUUCCAGCAUAAAAGAUGUGUUUGGAGCUGCCAUUCUUCAGUCAAUGAAAGAGAUCGAUUAUCAAAAGGGCAACUUGAGGCUGUCGGGUUUUAUUUCGCAGCUUGUACAGCAGGAGUCAUCAAGAGACGUGCAGUACUUAUACAUUAACAAGCGACUGGUGAAGCACACUCGACUGCACAAGUUGUUGAAUUCUAGCUUCUCCACAUCGCUAAGCUUACAUUCCAAAGCUGGCUCGAAGUUAACCAGUUUCCAAGACUUGAUGUUUGUUGUCAACCUAUCAUGCCCACAGUCAUCUUACGACAUCACGUUUGAGCCUACGAAGACCUAUGUGGAGUUUAAGAACUGGAAGACUGUGCUGGAGUUUUUUCAAGAGGUUUUGAGUGACAUGUGGUCAUGCAGCAAAACGUCUUUGGUUGAAUCAGGCCCGACUCUGCAACCCACGAAGAAGAAAAGUCAGAAGCCAUGGCAGAAGGUUGAUCCCAAUUACCGGCCAAGUUAUCGUGUUUCACUAUCGGACAAACCAAGGAAGGGCAGACAUGGUACCGGCCACCUGAUUUUCCCGGAAGAGUCAGACGAGAGCUUACCUGACCUGUCAAAAAACGCAUACAGCCUCCGUUCCAAGGCAAGGGAAGCCAGCGUCACCCAGAGGGACAACAAACGUCAGCUGGACCUUGACCAAGAUAGUGUCUGCACUCCUCAGCCUUCGCCUCCUGACAUUAAUCUUGACAAUGCAAGCUGGCGCACUCAUCAGCCUUCCUCUCCCAAUAAGGCUUUGCAGCGUGAUUAUCGCGCUGUCGUCGACACUGCUUCUCCUGAAGUCUCGCCAUUUGCAUCAGCAAGAGAUUCGUUUGUGCCAUCUAUAGUAGCGGAAGGGAACCGGAGUAGGUUCAGGAAGGAUCACGACUUGGACUUGCUUGCGUCCAAUCAGCAUGAUUGGUCCCUGGAUCUGCAGUUACACCCAGAUGGAUUGGACAUUGGGACCUCACGAUGCCUCUUUGAAAGAGCAGGCCAUGCUGACCAACGAUCUCCUGAGCCUGUGCCAAAGCGAAGAAAGAGGGCCUUAUUGGAGGGAGUACGUCAUUCUGAAGGCAAGGGUUCUUCACGAACGCCUUCUGUGAUCGACCCAGAAGAGGUUCCAGAUGAAGCGUCGAUGUUAGUUGGGAUGCAGACGCUCCAGGACAUACAUCUGCAGCAGCCCUCCGUGAUUGCUCCUGAGUUCCCUGCUGUUGGCUCACUCGAGUAUAAGAAAGUGGUCGAGCUUAUUGAUCCGCCCUCUGAACUCCCGCCAGACCCGCCAAGCCACAAGCAGCCAAGUGCAGUGGGAAAUGACAAACAUAAGACAUGGGGUCUGGUCUCAUGUGGAGGUGUAUCUGAAACAGCAAAGCCAGCCAAUAAAGGCAUUCAGGAGCAUGGCUUGAUGCCUGGAGCGCUUGCUGCUUCGCCUUUGGUGAUUGCAGAGGAGGCAGGUAGCAAGCAUCAGCAGGCAUCUGCACUUCUUACAGUUGUUCAAAAUGUUGGACCAGUGGAUGGCAGAGAAGAAUCCGUUCCAGCACCAGCACAUCUGGCUAUUGUAGAAGCUCAUCACGCUGAUGAAGUGGCAGGCUGUUGCUGUUCAUCCAAGUGGAGAGAUGGUCAUGCGCCUGCAUGCACGGAGAAGAAUAAUCCAAGCUUAACGAAAUCUGUGAAGGAAAUGUACCAGCAUUGGUGCAAGAGCAGCAUCCUUGGAAAGGAAGAACUUGAGCCAGAAAUUCUUGACCUACAGACGUUGGCUUCCAGAUCCAUGCAAUUUGAUAGUCACAGGAGGCAGCGCGGCCCUCUUAUCCCAACCUUUGUUUCCAAGGAGACCCUGCUUCAAGCAAAGUGCCUGAAUCAGGUGGAUGGAAAGUUCCUGGUUGCCACAUCUGGCUCUACUGUGGUUGCGAUUGAUCAGCAUGCGGCAGAUGAGAGGGUUUGUCUUGAGGAGCUCCGCAAAGAGGUUCUGGAGAACGAGUCAGCUGUGGUGCCACUGCUUCUUGACUCACCCUCUGACUUGCCAAUCACAGCAGGGCAAGAGGGGUGUCUGAGGUCAUAUCGACGACAGAUAGAACGCUGGGGAUGGCGUUUUAAGCUCUCGUCUACUAGCCAAGCAGAAAAGAGUAUCCGCACACAAUGUCCAACUCAAGUGGGAGCGGACGCUUUGGCUGUGCUUUGCCAAUCAAGGCAUUCAGGACCAUCACAGUGCACCCCAAAACGGUUACUUGUGCUAGCGGUUCCACACUUGCUAGGUACCUCCCUUCGUGCAGAAGACAUUCUAGACUACUUGCUGCAACUUCAAGAAACCGGAGGCGUUGCAUCCACACCACCUCGGGCUGUUCUGCUGAUGCUGGCAUCAAAAGCAUGCAGAGGUGCCAUAAUGUUUGGAGACAUGCUAAAGACAUCUGAAUGCUGCCAGCUGAUUGAAUGCUUGAAGCACACACAGCUGCCCUUUCAGUGCGCACACGGGAGGCCAACCAUGGUUCCACUUAUGGACCUUGAAGAGCUGAAGCGAUUGGUUGGAGGCAUGGAGUUACAGGGGAACCAGAAACUCGAGGACAACCAGAAUCUGUUUCAAGAUCCAUCCACAGGUAGUGCAGUUCAUAACACAAGGCUGCUGGGUGGUUGCCUGCCAAGCCAGAUCCCGCAUUCUCAACCUAGGGCAGUGGAUAUCGUGAAACUGAGGAGGAACCUGGCAAAUGCCGUGUCCUUUCUGUGAGUGGAGUGGAGUACCAUGAAGAUCUUACUCUUCUGGUACCCAGGUUCCAGUGCAGGAAUGCAUACAACAUUAGAACUCGCCCGUGUUUAGUGUUACAUAUCCUCUAAACAGCCGGCCAUUUGUCACCCUCAACUCAUUAAUCAAUCUGUUCCAAUUUG